AUGCAAUGCAUCCCACACCAUCUUAAAGGCGAUGGUCAGAUCGUUUUGAUUCAUGGCAUAUUUGCAAACGGAUCUCAGGGUACCACUUUUGGAAACCACCUUUUCAAAGACAUAUCACCUGCUGUCAAACCUUCGAUUCAGAUCAGCUGUGAGCCUAAAGGACAAUACUAUUUCUACUCUCGGUAUCCGGCUGAGAAAGAAAUGACGAUCGGAUUCUUGAACUGGAUUAAUUUUCGCGACCGUGACGUCCGCCGGAACCUUCGAGUGGAGAAUAUUGUCAUCGAAAACUCAAGCGAAGCAUCCGAGGCCACGAAUGAUAUAAUUCAAAGUAUGAUGACGCCAUCACACCUGAAGGUCUACAAAGGGAGAGAGGAAGUCAAGAAUACUUUUGAAGUCGAACCAAUCGAACGUCUCCUGCAAUUUUCUAAGAUGCUUGUCGACAAGGGUCACGCCAAUAUGGAAAGUGGCGAUGCAAAGGCAGCCAAAAACGCUUACCACGCCGCUUUAUACUCACUAUCUGAGUGGGAAGCUCAACGUGGUUCCAAUACUUCUGGAUGGGCGAAUAUAAGUUUUGAAACUUUGGCUUCCUUGUGCGAAAUUCAUGCUCAUCUAAAGCAAGCUCAAGAAGCCCUCGAAACUGCGGAGCAGGCGCUUCGUCUCGAUAUCGCAUUUACUGAUCACCCGGAGAAUAGAUGGCCUAGCCUUUUGAAAUGUGCAAACAGUUUCCAUCAGUUUGGUGACCACCGACGAGCAUUUCUAGUGGCCAUGAGAGCACGACAACUUCAGCCAGAAAACACAGCGGCAAUUGAUCUUGUUCAGAGUUUGUUACCAUCAGUCACAUCUUCAGAAAGGUCUUUUACAAAGUUAGUUCUGGAUACUGUGGGGAGAGUGAAAAUUGAAUUACCUCUCGCAACCAAAUUCAAUCAGGACGAGAGUUGCGUUAUUUGUCUGCAACACCUGAGCGGCGAGGUCACACAACUCCCUAACUGCAAGCAUUACUUUCAUCGGCUUUGUGUCUGGACGUGGCUGUCUCGCCAACGAAGUUGCCCACUGUGUCGCGUUGGCUUCCAGUAG